UAAUGUGACUCGAUCACGAGUUUUAUGUCACGUGAUCUCACGUCUGUAUUUAUGCGGCAGCUGAAACGCAACCUGCCGCAAAACGGAUGUAAAGAUGUAUGCGGCGUUACUUGUUUUACUGGUGGGGGAACUGGGAGCACUGGGAGUGUUGGGAGCUCCAGCUGCGGAUGAGAUUAAGUCUCUUCCCGGACUUACCAAGCAGCCGAGCUUCAAACAGUAUUCGGGUUAUUUCACAGUGGCUGAAAACAAACAUCUCCACUACUGGUUUGUGGAAUCGCAGAAGGACCCAGAGAGCAGCCCUGUGGUGCUGUGGCUGAAUGGAGGACCUGGCUGUAGCUCACUGGAUGGCCUGCUUACAGAACAUGGCCCUUUUUUGGUCCAGGAUGAUGGUACUACUCUACAGUACAACCCUUAUUCAUGGAAUAUGAUUGCUAAUGUGCUAUACUUGGAGUCCCCAGCUGGUGUUGGCUUUUCCUAUUCUGAUGACAAGAAGUAUGCAACCAACGACUCUGAGGUAUCCAUGAACAACUACUUGGCCCUCAAAGAAUUUUUCCGACUUUUCCCAGAGUAUAGCAAGAAUGAGCUUUUUCUCACAGGCGAGAGCUAUGGAGGCAUUUAUAUUCCUACACUAGCUGAAAGAGUUCUUGAGGACAGUAGCCUCAAUCUUCAGGGUAUAGCUGUUGGGAAUGGCUUAUCCAGCUAUGAACUGAAUGACAACUCUCUUGUCUAUUUUGCAUAUUACCAUGGACUGCUUGGAGAAAGUUUAUGGGCAGCUUUGCAGAAAUAUUGCUGCAAAGACGGACAAUGUAACUUCUAUAACAACAAUGAUACCUCAUGCUCUGCUUCAGUAUCGCAGGCGCAGCAAAUCGUCUACAAUUCAGGACUUAACAUGUAUAACCUGUACGCUGAUUGUGCUGGAGGAGUUCCUUACAGUACAAGAGUUGAAAAUGGACGGCUUGUUAUUCAUGACCUGGGAAAUAACUUCAUUAACCUGAAGUGGUCUAAAUUGUGGAACCAGAAACUGCUAGCACUGGGCUCUGUUUUCAAAUCCUUAAAGCUGGAUCCUCCCUGUGUCAACUCUACCCCGUCUGCUAUGUACCUGAACAACCCCUAUGUCAAGUCGGCUCUCCACAUCUCGCCUGAUGCACUCAACUGGGAGAUCUGCAGUGCUGAGGUCAAUCUUAACUAUAAUCGUAUCUACACGGAUAUGAAGACGCAGUACCUGAAGAUACUUGGAGCACUGAAAUACCGUGUGCUGGUGUACAACGGAGAUGUGGACAUGGCCUGCAAUUUCCUCGGUGAUGAAUGGUUUGUCGAGUCCCUUAAACAACAGGUCGCAGUGGAGCGCAGGCCAUGGCUCUACUACAAUGGUGAAACACAGCAGAUUGGUGGAUUUGUCAAAGAGUUCUCAAAUUUGUCUUUCCUUACUGUCAAGGGUUCCGGUCACAUGGUUCCCACUGAUAAGCCCAUAGCCGCCUUCGCCAUGUUCAAACGUUUCAUCACCAAACAGCCGUUCUAACGUUCCUAUACAUUCUACUCGAUUGGGUUGGAGUUUGCACUGAAUCACUGAAGCAAUCUAACGAAUUCUAUUGGAGGUGUAUAUUGGCUGAUUGUGCUCACGGUUUUUUGUUGUCUUAACUAUGUGGUUAAAUCAUAAGACUGCACCAGUAACAUUUAGCUUCAAGUGACCGCAUAAUCCUGACACAUUGGGCUUCACUGUAGUCGCUGCUCAUUCUGGACUGAAGAGUAUGUUUUAUGUUUAAACUGUCCAGAUGAUCCACUAGUAGGUAGUAGUGUUAAGUUUAACGAAGGCAAAAGGGAUUUAUACUUCAUCACACAAGAAGAAAUGCACAACCAAAAUGAAUAUCGGAAUCAUGUGGGUCUAGUUUUUUUUUCCAAUUGCUCAGGGUUGCUUUGAAUUUCUGAAAUUAACCAUUGAUGUGCCUUUUUAAAAUCAGUGUUUUUUAUUGUUUUUUUUUUUUUUGUUUCCCCUCUAUUUUGAAAUUCAUUUUAGUUAAUGUUAGUGAUUGGACAAAAUGAUGAACAAACAUGUGUUCUGAAAUGAUUUAAUAUCUGUCUAAUGUCACUCCAGUAGUGAGGAAAACAUGUAAUUGUUUCAAGUAAAACGUUGCUUGGUACUAAGGUAGUGUCGUCAUAAAGAGGGAAAAAACAACUCUCCAA